AUGCACCGGAGGGAAAGUACCGCCAACGGUGACGACCAACCGCAUGGCGAUGACUUCCAGCGGAGCGAAGAAGCCGUACGUCCCCGCGACGGCAAUGAGAGGCGGGUCGACCCCUCCACGCCACCGCCAUCCCUUACGUCUCCGCACGACCAGUCCCGUUCGGUGGAGUACGACGAACAUUACGGCGACCUCAACAUCGGCGAGGACUUCAACCGGAGCGAAGAAGCCGUGGGUAUCCGGGACGGAAAUGUGAGGCGGACCGACCCCUCCACGGUGCCGCCGACGCCGCCUCAGGGAAAUGAGCUUUUGGGUUCCCCAAGCCGAGGUGCUGGUAGCGCCGGAGGUAGUGAAGAAACCGGAGGGCUUCUUGAUGAAGGCGGCGAACAACCCGGCGAUACGUCUCUGUUAGUCGGCGAACUCCAUUGGUGGACCACCGAUGCCGAAAUAGAGGCGGAGCUCUGCAAGUAUGGGCGUGUGAAGGAAAUAAAAUUCGAUGUGUGGGACAACGGGAAAUCGAAUGGCAUGUGCAUCGUCGAUUUCUACGACCCCAUGGCCGCGGCUGCCUGCAGGGAUGGCAUGAACGGGCACGUUUUUAACGACCGACCGUGCGUCGUUGAGUGGGCGCCGCCGCCUAUAGUUCCCCGGACGUUGGCAUUGCCGGCACAACCACGAGGGAGCGGAGGAGGAGAUGGGUCGAUGCUUCCCUGUCCCCGAGUUGCGGCGGCUCCUCCUCGUCCUCCUCCUCCUCCUCCUCGUCCCGCCGCGGCUCCUCCUCCACCUGCGGCGGCUCCUGUGAACCUGGUUUUCUUUGGAACUCCCCCUCUUCCUGUGAACCUGGCUUCGAUGCUUCCAGGUCUCCUAGUUACGGCUCCUCCUCCAUCUCCCCCACUUGCGGCUCCUCUUCCUCCUCCUCCUUCUAUGAACCAGGCUUCCUUUGGGUCGAUGCUUCCAUGUUCCCCAGUUGUGGCUCUUCCUCCUCCUGUGAACCCGUCUUUCUUUGGAUCGAUGCUUCAAUGUCCCCCAUUCUCGGCUGCUCCUCUUCUUUCUCCUAUUGUGAACCCGGCUACUACAUGUCCCCCAGUUUGGGCGGCUCCUCUUUCUCCUACUGUGAACCCGGCAUUCUUUGGAUCGAUGCUUCAAUGGCCCCAAGUUUCGUCUGCGGCUACUGUGAACCCGGCUGCUCCAUGUCACCCAGUUUCAGCCGCUGCUCGUUCUCCUCCUACUGUGAACCCGGCUGCUACAUGUCCCCCAGUUUGGGCUGCUCCUCUUUCUCCUACUGUGAACCCAGCAUUCUUUGGAUCGAUGCUUCAAUGGCCCCAA